CAAAAAAAAAAGUUUUUUUCUUCUUCUUUUUUCUAUCAAUGACAAGCAUAGAACAACUGGGUUUAGAAACUGUUGUGAAUAAGCAAGAGUUUCAAAGCUCUGUUGUAAUUAAAGACUGCCCCAUUGUAGGUCGUUCUUUGGUUGCCAAGAAACCAUUGGUUCCUGGCGAUAUUGUGCUUGUAGAAGAGCCCUUGAUCCAAUAUGAUCUUGAACCCAAAUGUCGAUCGAAUAAAUCACCCUACUACUCCAAGAAACUAUGGAAGAUACUUAAAGACAUGGUCUAUGCUGAAGAAGGUAUUGAUACACAACUGAAUACACAACAACCCAAUAAGUCUGAUGAAUCCGAUGAGUCUGAUGAGUCUGAGGAUGACAUGGAAACAACGGUCCAUUCAGACUUUUAUCCCGGUGUUCCUGCAGCCAUUAUUGCCUAUUCACUUAUUCACCCUCCACCCAGUUACAACAAUGCUCGAAGACGUAAAGAAUACAGCCAAAACGACUUUGAUUUCUUCUACUUUCCAAACACAGACAUAGAACCUGCAUGGUUGGAUCACAAAACCAUUAAACUGAUCCAUACAGUUACUCAGAAAGUUGUAGAUACUGUGCCAUUGUAUGCUCAUGUAGAUCCAUUUGAUUUGCGUAGUUUUGUACUCAAAAUUUACUCAAAUGCACACACUGUAUCAUUGCCCCGUAUUAGAACAGCACCCACACAUGCUUCAAGACGAUCUCGCCGUGAAAAAUAUAAGACCAAAUUUGGAGAUACAACCUAUUGGGGAGAAGAUGCUGUGGAGCCUCCCAAUACACCUACCAUUGCCUUGUUAAGAUGGGGAUCUAAAUUCGCUCAUUCUUGUUCUCCCAAUAUGUUUUUACGUUUUGAACCUCAACGAAAUGUCAUGGUCUUUACUGUCACAAAACCCUUAGCUGAAGGAGACAUUCUUUCGUUUUCUUAUUUACCUGAAGAUGACUCAACUGUAGGUGGGUUAGUGUAUGGUGCUACACCAGAUAGACAAGCAAAAUUAGACAAGUUCAAGUUUUUCAAGUGUGCCUGUGAGCGUUGUUUAGAUUGGGAUUGGGCAAGAGGCGCUGAUUGUCCUGAUUGUCAGGGCACUGCUUAUUGUCAAGGUACCUGGACAUGUUUUGCGUGUGGGUCUCACAAUCAGCCCAGUUUUGUGGGUGAGCGUGAAAAGCAGGUUGAAAAUACAGUGAUGGGCUUUGUUUCCCGUGUCUAUGGAGGACGCAUGACACAGCACACAAUGCGCAUGUUGGAACCUUAUUUGACUGAUUUGCUUGAACAAGGUGUGCCUAAACACCAUUGGCUCUAUGCUGUCAUCCACUCCUUAUUAGCUACUUAUCACCUGACUCUGUUUCCUCAGUCGUAUGGAAAAGGUCUUGCUUCUCAAUUGGGUUUGACCGUAAAAGGAUUAGAAGAAUCCUUGGUCUAUCUCGAAUUCUUAGACACGAUUUAUGCACCCAAGCAUCCUCAAGCUACUUAUACAGGCAAUGCGAUGGCAGCAUUCUUUGCUAGUUGGCGCACCUUAUCUGUCGUGAUUGAUUUGGUCAUGACGAGCACUGAAGACAAAUAUGCUCAUUCUGAUUCUGACGAACCUGUUUUAAUUCCCCUGGCUCAAGAUUGGAUCCAACCAGUCACUAGAAUGUCCAACAUUGUUGACAAAGAAUGGAUACCCUUGGUUAAGCAAGUCUUUAGAUCUCAUGCUGUUGUACAAGACAUGAUAAAACAAAUCAAAGCAUUUAGCCAACGCAUUCAUUUAUAAUAAACUAUAGAUCAAGUG